AUGCUGCUUCGUUUCGAGUCCAAGAACGGGCAAUUUCGUCUCACUGCCGAGCCGACCGAUACCUUUGCCUCUCUAGCCUCCAAAAUCCUCGACAAUCUACCAUCCAACACAGAUGGAUCCUCGAUAAGAUUAAGUCCUAAGCCGGUCAGCAACGUUCCAUCAGAAGGAGAGAAGAGACUUUCUGAAAUUCCACAAGUUACCCUGGGACAAGUCAGAUUAAAACAUGGCGACAAGCUAUACCUUGGUUAUGAAGAGCAGGCGCAAUUGUCCAAUGGACACGGCCCCUCAGAAUCAACACCGUCAGCACGCAAACUCAAUGGAUCAAUCGUGAUGCCGGAUACAACGACAGUACAGCUGCCCACAAUCACUUCUCCAACGUUAAUAAAAAGCCCUUGGGAAACAGUUAAGCAGUCUCCUCUCGACGAUCGGUUAGACAAGCUCGAUGGAAAGGUGAAGAGAAGUAGAGACUCGAAAAUGUGCAGACAUGGACCCAAAGGCAUGUGCGACAACUGCCAGCCGUUGGAACCUUACGACGUCAAAUACCUAGCCGAACACAAGAUCAAGCACAUUUCUUUCCAUUCACAUCUACGCAAAAUCAACUCUGCAACGAACAAGCCAGAACUAAAGAGCUCGUACAUGCCACCUUUAUCCGAACCAUAUUAUCGAGUGAAGAGAGAGUGCCCCUCUGGACAUCCACCAUGGCCUGAAGGUAUCUGCUCGAAAUGUCAACCCAGUGCCAUCACAUUACAGCCACAGCCGUUCAGAAUGGUUGAUCACGUGGAGUUCGCAGAUUUUGGCAUCGUCGAUAGGAUGAUUGACUUUUGGCGCAGAUCUGGCAAUCAAAGAAUGGGCUUUCUAUAUGGCCGAUACGUUGAGUAUGAUCAGGUACCGCUAGGGACUAAAGCUGUGGUCGAAGCCAUUUACGAGCCACCUCAGCUGGGCGAGGUCGACGGUCUAACCCUGCUCGAAUGGACGAAUGAGAAAGAAGUCGACGAGCUUGCAAGUCACUGUGGGCUAGAGCGCGUGGGUGUCAUUUUCACAGACCUGAUCUCGCCCCAAGACGGCCAAGGUCAAGCUGUGUGUAGGCGUCAUAUCGAUUCGUAUUUCCUGUCAGCACUAGAGAUUGCUUUCGCAGCACGGUACCAAGCACAAUAUCCGAAGCCAACGAAAUGGAGCGAGACUGGUCGAUUUGGUUCGAACUUUGUCACAUGUGUUGUAACAGGCGACGAAGAGCAAGCAAUCACGAUCAACGCGUAUCAGGCAUCAAACUCAGCUGUUGAGAUGGUCCGCGCUGAUAUUGUCGAGCCAGCGGCAGAACCUUCAGUUAUGCUAGUACAAAACGAAGACGAUCCAGGUCAGCAAAAUCCACAUCGAUACAUACCUGAGGUCUUCUAUCGCCGCAUCAACGAAUAUGGGGCAAAUGUGCAGGAAAACGCAAAGCCCAGUUUCCCUGUCGAGUACCUCCUCGUCUCACUAACAGCUGGCAUGCCAAUUGAUCCUCACCCACAAUUCACAAACAGUGUCUUUCCCAUAGAGAACCGCGAAGUCAUCGCCGAGGGUCAAGAUCCACAAAAAUUGGCCUCGCAGCUCAACAAAUCGAAAGUGCCACCUGUACAAGCGGUCUCGGAUUUCCAUCUACUCAGCUUCGUUCACGGCAUGGGUGUGCUAAGCAAGGACGAAGAGAUGCUUCUCUGCAGAGUUGCGACCGAGCACGAUCAGGCAGAUGCGCUGCAAUUAUCCAAUUCCCCUGGUUGGCAAACUCUAAUGGCCAUUCUAGAGUCGUAUGGUGAGAGGCCCUCAAAUCUGAAGCGUUCAUGGCCCUUGGAUGACGACGAUGAUGUACAAAUCACCGGUUCUCGUUCAUCAACACCUCCAGAUCACCUUGCUAAGAGGUUUAAACAGGCGGCUAGCAUUCGGCCUUGA